GGUGCCCUGUCCAGGAAAGCAAACCCUGGAAGAGGAGACAGGAGUCCCCAGCGUGCCAGGCUCCAUCUGCCUGCUCUGAUGACCCUCCCUCGCUUCUCCAAUACAACGGCUGCCCCUCUCCCUGGUGCCACCGCGGGGCUGGUGCUGCUGUCACUGGCCUUUGUUGUGGGCCUCCCAGGCAAUGCCUUCGUCCUGUGGAGCUCCACAGUGCUGACACACCGGCGUAGCAUUCCAGCAUUGCUAGUGACCCAUCUCGCGCUGGCCGAUGUGGCUACCCUGCUUACUGCCCCUGUCUACCUCCGCUUCCUCAGCACCGGGCGCUGGGAGCUGGGCCAUGCAGCCUGCCAGGGCUGCCACUAUAUCUGUGCCGUCGCCAUGUAUGCCAGCGUCUUCCUAAUCGUCCUCAUGAGCCUCCACCGCUGCCUGGCUGUCUCCCGGCCCACGCUGGCCCUGGCAGGCCACUCCACUCGGGCAGCCCAUGGCGCUGUGGCUGCCGCAUGGGCUAUGGCCUUCCUUCUCGCUGUGCCCACCAUUACUUUCCGGCAGGUGUCCGGUGAGGCACCGAGGGAGCGGUGUCAGCGGGCACACAACAGCACAGGCUGGCUGGUCUUCCACAACCUCCUGGAGACAGUGGCAGGGUGGGCACUGCCCAUGGCCACCAUCGCUGCUGGCUAUGGUGUUCUGCUGUGGCGGCUCCGGCACACCAGAUUUCGGAGGAAGGGCCGUACCCAGCGUCUGGUGGUGCUGGUGGUGGUUGCCUUUGCUGCUGCCUGGGGACCAUACCAUGCCAUCAACCUGCUGGAGGUGGCUGGCGAGCUCCGUGGCACACAGAGCUUGCGUGGAGCUGCUGCAGCUGCCCGGCCCCCUCUCACAGCCCUAGCCUUCUUCAGCAGCGCAGUAAACCCCCUCCUCUAUGCCUGCGCUGGACGGGGGCUGCUUCGCACUGCCGGUGCCACCUUCAUGGCCCGGCUCUUCGAGGGAACGGCUUCAGAGAUUGGCAGUAGACGCACAGGCACAGAGAGGGCCACCCAACGCAUGGGUGAGCCGCGGACAGAGGCAGAGGGAGAGGUCGGCAAGGAGGAUGACACAGCACCAAGCAGCAACGCAGAGUGACUGGGGAAGGCACAGAGCAUGUGUGGAUGGGCAUACGCAGUGAAAUGGCUUGGAAUAGAUGUGUGUGGACAUGGCUGCCACCCACCAACUCAAACAUCCACCCACACUUCCAUCUACUGAUUCAUCCAACCACCCAUCUAUCUGUCCAUCCAUGAAUCCAUCCAACUAUCCACCCAUCCACACACCCAUCCAGUCAUGUCCCUCCUUACCCCUUUGCCAUGUACCUGGUGACACCGGGAGGAAUGGGUGCCCCCCAUCCUCUCACUGCUCUGCUGGGACUCAGUUGUGCCAAUGGCACCUGGUGCUACACAGACAGAGCCACCUGAGGCAGGGUGGGAGGGGCAGAGGGCAUGGGGACUCUGCUCCAUUAAAGGACACCCUGGGGCUCCAAGGGGCUGCUGGUGUCUGUGGGAUGGGUGUAAUGGAUGAAUGGGUGCCUAGAGGGUAUUUGUAUGGAUGGAUGAAUUUUCAUGUAUGCAUGUA